AAGAUUCAAGCCCAAGUUUCACACAAUGCUUCUUCGGUGCCAGCUGAUUCUCCUUGCAAUAAGAUUUUGGAUACUGAGGCAGAGGAAGAACCAUGUGGUGAUCUGGAAAAAUGGUCCCAACCAAAAUCAUAUGACACGAAAACCGUGACAAAUUUGUCACGAUCAGACAAUGUAUCUUCUGAAGUAUCUGAAUUAGAGCAAGAUGAUGAAAAUGAUGAGGUUGAUGCCAUUCAAAUCGUAGAACAAGGUCUAAUGCAAGAAUUGUCCCAGAAUACCCCUGGCGUUGAAAUUAAUGAGUCAUAUAUUCAAAAAUUCGAUAACUUGGUCCCAGGUUCGGCACAAAGUUUAUCAUAUUUGUUUAAUAAAGCAGUUAUAAAGGGUCAAGAAGAAAUUUUAUGUUG